AUGAGACCAAUGAAAUUGUGGAAUGGAACAAAGUUGAAAUUAGCAAUAAAAUCUAACAAUAAUCCAAUUAAACUUUUUACUGUUGAAGUUAAGGAUUUGGUCACAACUGAAGGCAAUUAUUAUUAUUAUUUGGUUUAUACUGUAUUCUAUAUCCUAAAAUUAUGA